AUGGUGCAAAAAAGCGAAAUUGAAUGGUUGGAAGUUACUUUUGUAGUCUUUUGUGACUUUUGUAGUCUUUUGUCUAUGACGAUGUUUCUAUUAACUAUUCAAUUGACUUUUGUAGUCUUUUGUCUAUCUAUUUGGUUUUUUGCAUCAUCAUAUUUACAUGUAUUUAUUCCCAUGUUCUAUAGCAUCGUGUUUACAACAAUAAACUCACUUUGCAACCACAAUAUACAUUACAUGUGGAUGGAAUCACCCCAUUUCUAUACGGCUAGGCAGCCUUAUGCCUCCCCUCCGGGAUACAAGAGUCCUGCGCCAGGUGACCCCGCCCCACUUCCUGGGUCACAGGAUAUUCUCAACAUGGUAUCGUCUCGUGGUACCACGUUACAAACACUCUCCCGCGUACCCCGAAUAUUCUCUGCCGCCAUCUCGCAUUCACGCCUCCGUCGAGAAGUCCUGAUCAGCCCUUCGGUUUCACAAUGGUGGGGGCACCACAGACUUCAUCAAGAUGAAGUCCCAGAGUGCAAAGACUCGGAGAAACUACAUAAGGCAAGUUUGAUUGACAGAUCCUGUCAACUUACGACGCCUUCCAGAAUUCCUGACUCCCAAGUAAACCUAAACCCUAAGACAGGCAAGAAAACCGUUGUCCAUGCCUCACAUGAUGCUCCCACACCCUUGAUAGUGCGAAUAUCCACUGCUUUCAAGGGCAACGACUUGGCCUCUCCCUUCCCCACAUUAGCGUGGAUAUCUGCUGCUUUUGAGGAGCUUGACUCGGUUACGACAGACAAUGGCUCACAGCCUCCAAAAACCCUAACGACACCAAAGAAACAACCUCUCCCACCCAACAUGAGCUAUGCCCGCUGCAGUUGCGCAAGGAACUGCCCUCACCAGGUCCUUGAAAGCCAAUCCAUGCUGGAGACCUCGUUAGUGCGAAAUUUCGCAGUUCUCGAGGGUGACCAUGUCUCUCAGUUGAUCGACGACCCCUCAUCCCCGACCAUUCUAUAUGAAGAUGAGCCAACCGUCAUACCAACCCAUCAGUCCACCCCGGAAACCUCUUUAGUGCAAGUCCUCGCAGCUUUCAAAGUUGAGCCAAUCAAUCCCAUACCCUCGAUAGCACGAACAAUCGCUGCUUCUGAGGGCAAUGAUUCAGCUAUGAUGGACGAUGCCUCUUCACUUCCCCUAUCCAUGUUAGCGCGUACAUCUGUAGCUUUCGAAGAUAACACGUUAGCCAUGACAGAUGUUGACCCUACACUUUCCAUGCCCACAUUAGAAUCCCCAUUCUGUCAAUACCCUACCAUCGACCCAGUACUUUACAGUGCCCCACCUAUUCCUGCAGGAAUUCAGUCACUCCACAGGAUUCCACAGGAAUUCCACAGGAAUCCAGUGGAAUUACACUGGAAUCCUCUGAACUCAUGUAAAUUUACCAGUACAUGUCCUGUGUGGAAGCGAAUCGUUCCUCCAGAUGGAAGCUAA